AGUACCUUUUCAGAAUAGUAUUUUAUUUAUAUGAAAGAAUUUAGUUCUUAUAAGUCUUAUGUUGUCUAAUUCAUGCAUACACAGUUCAUUAGAUGCACGUCAAUUGUUAAAAUUCUAUACCUUUUGGACUACGUCAAAAAAUCGAUUUUCUAUAUAAAGAAAGCCUUCCUCACAAUCAAAUGGCGUGAUCGAAUAGAGUCUCAAUCUAAAACUUUUCAAACACAAAUCAAAUUUGUAAGAUGGCUGGUCUUCGAGCGAAGACGUUAAUGUUCGUUCUGGUGGCCGCGUUAGCGACUCUUGAUCGCACAUUUGUGGAGGCAGACUUCAGCAAGAAUAUGAUUGUUACAUGGGGUAAAGAUCAUAUUGGUAUGACUGGUGGCAACCUUCGGCUUGUCCUAGACAAAUCUGCAGGAUCUGCUAUUCGAUCAAAGGUGGCUCAUUUGUUUGGAAGUGUAGAAAUGCUCAUCAAACUUGUGCCAGGGGAUUCUGCUGGAACCGUUGUAGCCUAUUACCUAUCGUCCACGGGAAGUGCACACGAUGAGAUAGACUUUGAGUUCCUAGGAAAUUCGACUGGUCAGCCGUACACGAUCCACACCAAUAUAUAUGUUCAAGGGAAAGGAAACCGUGAGCAACAAUUCCGGCCAUGGUUCAAUCCGACCAAUGGUUUCCACAACUAUACCAUCCAUUGGAACCCAUCCGAAGUUGUGUGGUUCGUCGAUGGAACUCCGAUCAGAGUAUUUAGGAACUACGAGAAAGAAGGAAUCGCAUACCCGAACAAGCAAGGUAUGAAAGUGUUUGCGAGUCUAUGGAACGCAGACGACUGGGCAACCCAAGGGGGUCGAGUGAAGACCAACUGGACGCUAGCACCAUUUGCGGCCGAGGGUCGUAGAUACAAGGCAAGAGCUUGUUUGUGGCGGGGGUCGAUCAGCAUCAAACAAUGCGCAGAUCCAACUGUGCCGUCUAAUUGGUGGACAUCACCAUCGUUUAGCCAGCUCACUGAAUUGCAGCUCACAAAGAUGCAAAAGAUAAGAGAUGGUUUCAUGAUAUAUGAUUAUUGCAAGGAUACUAACAGAUUUCAAGGUGUUAUGCCUCCGGAAUGUUCGAAGAUGCAAUUCUAAUUCAAGUUUCCUCUUCUUUAUUUUUUUUUUAAUGUUUUAUUUUUCUAAAUCUCUUAAUCGUAAUAUGUUUUUCUUUGAGGGAUUUUUGUAUGUCUUUAAUUCAUAUAUAAUUCGAAUUUGUGCAAUCAUAAUAAACAAGGAGAAGUUUUUUUUUUUUUAUGUUAAUUUCCUAUGGAAAAAAAACCCCAAAUUCAAAAGCUAUAACCCUAGUAAAAUCCAAAACAAAAUUAUCCGAUACAUUGCGUUGACCAAAGAUUAGAGAAGUAUGGUAGAAGAAGAUCUGGCUAAUUUUAGAACAAGUGGAUUUUAAAAACUCCAACGUGGCAAUAAUCUUCUGUCCACGUCACCCAAACACAAAUAUUCUCGUUAAUGCCCCCUACUGUCUCGUCUAUUCGCAAAUUUCAAUCUUCGAAUUCGACGAAGCAAAAAAAAAAAAACCCUAAAUUUAUAUAUCUAUCCCUUGCGCAUGAUGAUCCAGAUUCGGUUGUGAUCGGAGCUGCCAUGGAACGUAUCAUCGGCGGCAAGUACAAGCUAGGACGGAAGAUUGGCUGUGGUUCCUUUGGAGAAAUUUUUUUCGGUGUGUUCUCGUCUUUUUGUUUCUCGAGUUUAUUUUCUUUGGUUUGAAAUUGACGUGCCAUGUUUGUUGAUUUCUUUAGCUACACACAUCGAUACCUUCGAGAUUGUAGCUGUUAAGAUCGUGAGUAUCAAUUCAGUUAGCUAUGAUACGAAUCUAUUAUGUUUUGAUUUUUUUUGUAUCAUGUUCAUUGGUUCGUGUGGGUCUUUUGAAUUGAUCUAAUUCUAAAUUUAUCAGUGAGGCAAGCUUCAAGCUCCUUGAAAUGGUACUUUUUAGCUGACAAUUGUCUUUAACUCGAUCAUUUGGAUUGUUUUCCAGGAGAUAAAGAAUAUGAGCUAAUCGAUUUAUUUUUA